GUAAGACGAGGAUGAGGAGGCAUCUGCCGCUUGGGCUUGCGCAAAGGAGUAAUGAAUGGUGAUGUAAGGAGACUUUUGCUACUUCUUCUUCGUUUACACUUGCCGAGUGUUUUACGGGGGAAAUACGAAUACACGAAUGGAAGACCAGAUUUAGUGCUUCAGCCGGACAAGACGAGACAUGACGGCGAAGACAAGCAGGGCAAAAACACCACACCAGUAAGAACUGGCAGCUGGGACAGUAUAGGUGGUGAACAACCGCCCACACAGCUCGCAAGCCGCGUCGCACGCAAGCAAGGGACAAGAAAAGAGACAAGAAGCAAUGCAAUGCUACCCUCCACCUGUUGCCAAGGGAGAAAGAGGGGUGCCCGCCAACGGGGAGAACGCGGAGCCUGCUCCGUUUGCUAGACUAUUGGCCAGCGUCUUUGUUUUUUUUCCAGGGCCCCCUCGCUGUUUUCUCUCUUAUUUUCUGACAAGGGACAGGGGGGUUUCUGAGAGAGGAGAGACAGGGGUACAGGGGGGGCUUUGGCGUUACAUGGCAGUGAGGGAAGAGCAACAUACCGUAAACUAAACAGAUCAGCCCGUUAUUAGUAUCUACUUUUGGUGUGAAUGACACAAUAUUCACGACA